AUGGAAAAGAAAAUCAAGGCAGUGCAGCUGAAGAAGAGGAUCGCCGUGGAAAAUAUAAAGUCGCUGGAACGGUUCCAGGCAGAAUACUCUACCGAUGAUGCCAAGCAGAUUCCAGAGGCGUUAGAGGAUUUAGAGAAACAUAAGGAAGGGUUCUUCGCCGCGGUUUCCAAACUGGAAGAGCUCGACGACAGUGACACAAUGAUCGAAGCUUGCAUCAUGGAAAGGAUCGACAUCGAGGAACGCUGCCGCAAGCUGAAAUCUUUUCUUCGAGAGCAUCAACCGAAGGAAGAAGGUUCCCUUAACGAGACGACAGGUUUGGCAUCAUCUACGCUUGCGUUUGGUCGACCUCACGCGCCAAACCUACGCCUGCCAAAAAUUGAGCUGCCAACGUUCGAUGGAGACCAAACAAAAUGGCUUUCGUUCCGUGAUCGGUUUAUAGCCAUGAUCGACGCUUCUGCCGAGCUACCGUCUAUCGCCAAACUGCAAUACCUGCUUUCUUCGCUCAAGGGGGAUGCAGCAUUACCCUUCGAACACACACCUCUAACGGCAGACAAUUAUUCAGUGACGUGGGCAGCACUUUUAAAACGGUACGAUAAUUCUCGUCUGCUAAUACGUGAGUAUUAUCGUAAAUUGCACUAUCUUCCCGGAGUGCAAUCGGUGUGCGUGGACAAGCUAACCCACUUGGUGGAUGAGUUCACCCGUUUCGUCAACGGACUGGUGAAGCUCAAGGAACCGGUCGAUUCAUGGGACACACCACUAUCCAACAUGCUCCUCAUGAAACUGGAUCGUGAAACGUUAUUAUUAGCUUGGGAAAAACACUCCGUGCACUUCACCAAGGAUAAGUACAAGGAUAAGAUUGCAUUCGUGCAAGAUCGAAUCCAGAUCCUUAAAUCGACCAACAAUUUUUUCGAUUCAACAGCCCAAGUGUCCGUUAGAGUGCGCAGAAGCUCACCCAUUACGCAGCUGUCCAGUUUUUAUCGGCAAGGAGGUUCAGCACCGCCGGUAAACGUCGUCUCAUCGAAGCGGUUGUGCUGGAACUGCCUAAGCAGCACACAUCAAGUCAGAGCGUGCAAAUCUGACUAUUCGUGUCGUACGUGUCGUGAACGCCAUCACACUCUCCUGCAUCACACGCCACCUAGAACGGUCACAAUGGCAGCACAUUCUGACGAGGACAAAGUGUUUUUGGAAACAGCAAACGUCCAGGUCAAGGACGAUUACGGCAAUCUCUUCGAGGCAAGGGCCUUACUCGACUCCGGUUCCAUGUCGAAUUUCAUAUCCGAUGAUACAGCAAGUGAAGGGUUCGAUCGUCGCAACGGUGCAGUCGAAAACUCAAUCCUUUGCUACGGAGAUGGCUUUUCUGGUAUUGGAAACGCCAUCAGCUCACAUCCCCACUUCACCUACGGACAUCUCAUCGUGGAAAAUGCCGGACGUGGCAUUAGCUGA